AUGUAUAGCGUGUACCUGCCACAUCGUGACGUCAAGCUGCGAGACGCCGGCGGCGCGUGUAGCUCGUGUAGCGCGUGCAUCGUGUGCACGUGUGUAGCGUGUGUGAUGUAUAGCGUGUACCUGCCACAUCGUGACGUCAAGCUGCGAGGCGCCGGCGGCGCGUGUAGCUCGUGUAGCGUGUGCAUCGUGUGCACGUGUAUAGCGUGUGUGAUGUAUAGCGUGUACCUGCCACAUCGUGACGUCAAGCUGCGAGGCGCCGGCGGCGCGUGUAGCUCGUGUAGCGUGUGCAUCGUGUGCACGUGUGUAGCGUGUGUGAUGUAUAGCGUGUACCUGCCACAUCGUGACGUCAAGCUGCGAGGCGCCGGCGGCGCGUGUAGCUCGUGUAGCGUGUGCAUCGUGUGCACGUGUGUAGCGUGUGUGGUGUAUAACUUGUACCUGCCAAACCGUGACGUCAAGCUGCGAGGCGCCGGCGGCGCGUGUAGUGUGUGCAUCGUGUGCACGUGUGUAGCGUGUGGUUUACCUGCCGCGCCAUGGCGUCGAGCUGCGAGGCGUCAGGCGGUACGAGGGGCGCGCGCACACGCGUCACCUCCACCGAGAAGCUGGGCAGCCACGACACGUAGCGCGACCCUGCGCACACACAUAAACCGCCUUCAGCUUCUACUUAUGUCUUCCGUCACUACAAGCUCGCCAGCUAUAAUGCGGACUUUGCUAUGCCACCUGCAGUGA